AUGCCGACCCUCAGAAGUGGCCCGUGCGCCCCUUCCACUCACGCUAGCAAUCCCUGUUCCUAUUUUCGCGUCGGGCGACUUUUUGAUGCUUGCAACUUUUUGUCUGGAAGUACCGAACGGUAUGCGAAUACAUGCAACACUCGACUAGUUGCCAACGCCCAUCCAACCCCAACAAUGGCGACCGAAUUCGAGAAAAUGACCGUUACGCAGCUGCGGGCAGAGCUGAAGCGCCGCAAGCUUGCCACUACCGGUCUGAAGGCUGCGCUUGUUGCCCGUUUGGUGGACGACGAGGAAGGGCAAACUGCAGCGGCCGACCAAACAGCACAGGACGAAAGCCCCGCCGACGAGCCGGAACCUGUUCAAGAUGCGAAUCCAGAAGCGGGGACAGAGAAACACGAUGAUGUCGCUAUGGACGAUGCGCCGGUAGCAGCUCCAGAGAAAGCCACUUCGCCAGCUCCCGCCUCGCCUUCCCCGGCUGUCAAAAACGAAGAGACUGUCACCACUCAACCUGAUUCUGCCAUCGAGCCUGAAAUUACAACCCAAAAAGACUCUAACCCUCCCCCCGAAGAACCUGCCGAGGUCGAGCCCGUCACUAUUACCGAGAUUGUUCAAGAUACAGUUAGCCGAAAACGUCGGUCUAGAAGCCCUCCCCCGUCUGGUGACGAAUCAUCUAGCAAGCGAGCUCGACAAGACGACUGGGAGGAGAAGGCCGAGUUGGAGGAGUCGAGGAAGGAGCCAGCCUCACCGGCCGACAAGCACCUCGGCGAAAUUACUCCCUUCGAAGUUGUGCCCCCAAGGAGCCCCGAAACUCGACUUCAUGACGAGUCACCGCCUCACAAACGUCACGAGCGAGCUUGGGGUCAAAGGCUGGAGGGCAACCAACCCAGACACCAAGAGCAAAAUAUGGAUAUCGACGAGCCUAUGGACGAAUUUGGUCGAGUUGAGCGGUCUAGGCACCCUGCCACGUCUGCGCUCUACGUCAAGAAUUUUAUGAGACCCUUGAGGGAGGCAUCAGUGCGCGAGUAUUUUGCCCACCUUGCCGCUUUCCCAGGCGCGCCCGUCGAUGACAGCUGCAUUAUCGACUUCCAUGUAGAUCAAAUGCGUACUCACGCUCUUGUUAAGUUCGACAGCGUUUCGGCAGCCUCGCGGGUCCGCACAGCGUUACAUGGGAAGGUCUGGCCAAAUGAGAGCACCAGGAAGGAACUUUGGGUUGAUUUCAUUCCCUCCGAGAAAGUCGCAGAGUGGAUUGACCUCGAGCGCCAGCAUGGUCGUCAGACACGCUGGGAAGUCAUUUUCGAGGACGACCCAGACACCCAGGAAGUCGUCGUGGCCUCUCUGGUGCAGUGUGAUGGGGCCAGUUCAGGAAACAACAACUCGGGCAACAGACCUGCCCGGCAACCACUUCCGCCCCCGGUUGUUCCCACCGGAUCCGGACGGAGAUUUGCUGAACUUCAAGGCCAAGGAUUCCCUGCUGGUCCCCGCGUCCGCGGCAGAGGUCAAGCUAAGCACGACCUCGAGAACUUUGAAAACACGAAGAGAACUUCUACAGGCCCGCCGCUGUACUACCAGCCCGUGUCGGAAGAGUUGGCCCAGCGACGUCUCGACAAUAUGCAGUCCUACUACACCAAGGACCGCUACCGCGACAUGGGCCGCGAGGACGAAAUCAACCGGUACACCUUUGAGAGCGGAAGCCAGUUUGUGGAUCGUGGAAAGGAGGUCUUUGUAGGUAUUCGGCACCCUAUUCGCGAAGCCAGGAAGCGUCGCGAGCGUAACGAGCUCCGACGUGGGCGUGGGCGUCGCACACCUUCUCCUCCCCCUUUCAGGCGCCAGGAUGAUAGGGCGUACCGGGUGCGUGAUGACCGUGCUGGUGGUGGUAAUUGGAGUCGGGAUCGGUUUGAGGCCUUGGAUAGGGAGGAUGAUCGGAUUGGUGAUGGUGAUGCCGGCACCAAGAUUCAUCCGGAUCGCCGCCUUAGCAUGGAGAGAACGGAUAGAAACGAUGACCGCCGCUGGGAGAGGGGGGAUGAUGUGCCCAGGUCGAGAUUUGAUGGUGCACCGUUGCCGACGUAUACUGGGCCGCCGAGGAACCACCGUCGCCGGGGUGGUGGUGGUGGUCGGAACAGGCGCUAA